CAUGAAGAUCAUGAAGUGAAGACAUCUACAGGCCAUGAACACAGGCAGUUUGGCACUGGAUUUUUUCUUUUUGAUGAUGGUGGUGGACAAGCCAUGGGUGUAUGCGGUUCAGGCUGAUAACUGCACUAUUGCUGUUACUGUCCAGAGGAAUACCAAGUACUACAGCAAAUCCGGUGAUUCAACUUCUAUAGAGUGCCCUGUGAUGUACUGUCAAAAGAAGCCCAAUGUGCAUUGGCAUAUGUACAAUACAAUGCUCAAGAAAUUCUUCUCUUUAAGUCUUGGACCAAAUCACACAACUUCAUGGAGAACUGGAAACAUUUUUGUUUUGACUUUUCAACCUAUUAAUAAAAAUGAUAGCGGAACGUAUCGUUGUGAAGCAAAUGUGGCUAACAGCACCAUUGCAGGCCAUGCAAUAGAGGUUAUUGUUCAAGAUUACAGCAACAUCACUGUAUUUGAUGACGCUAGAAAUACUACAGAAGAUCGUGAAGCAUCUGAAAAGAACAAGAUGUUGAUUAUUUAUAUCCUGUCAUCCCUGGGAGCACUGGGCCUCUUCAUUUUCUGCUGCUUUGGCGUGCUGCAAUCUAAACGGAGGCUUCAAGGGGGAAACAAGACAGUUUCAUCAACCUUAGAGGAAGAAACAAAAGAGCUUCCCAGUGGCAGUGCUGUUGACAGCAGACAAAUCAACUGCAAGAAGCCCAACAUGGUAACAUCAAAACCUGCACAUGACAAAUCUGUCACCAACCAGCUCUUAUCUGCAAACCAGGAUACCCUUGUUUAUGCAACACUGAACCAUAGAGAACAUUUUGAGAAAAGUGAGCCCUUUGUGGAAACUGAGUUUACUGAAUAUGCUGCAAUUGUGUUGAAGAACUAAAUGUAGAUGUCUCCUUAUUGGUUCCCAUAAUAUUAUGUCUUCUGUUGUGACUCAACCAGGUUUCUCAAAAGCACCAAUCUGUUUCGUAUAUGCUUUUAUGCUUAUCAGACAAUAUGUUUCCACUAGUAUUCAUUUUUCUGGUAUCAUCAUUGAUCAUUUAAAUUAGUCUCAUUCUGGUUGACAAGACUGCAUCUAUUCUAAUUUCAUAAACUUCCAUUCAGGCUCUUGUUAGCACGAACUUUGAUCUAAUCAAAACAUAAUAGUGUUGGACAACAUAGAUAGUCCAGUAUUUUUUUUACCCAAUUUUUUUACCCAAAUGAAUAUCACAAAUGUAUCUAAUAAGGUUUAGCAUAUGUCACAAUGGACUGAUAAACUAUCAUUCUGAGAAACAGCAACUUCUGUCAUUUUUGUUGGCAGUUCCAGUUCACUACGAGGUAAUGAGAGACUCUCAGUGUACAGAAUGAUUGCAUAUAUUUCCUAUUUGCUGGAAAUAAACAAAUCUUUAUUCAUUGUUUUCAGCCUGAAUAAAUUGCAUUGCUUACUGGUGUUAUUCCUAGGAAAUCAAAAUAGUGAUGACAAAAAUUGUAAAUUAAUGGACAAAAGAACUAUAGUCCCAUAGAAACAAGGAAUACAUAUGAGAAUACAGACAUGGUUGGAGAAUACAUGGGGCCUAUACUACUCGUUGUAAUUACAGUUGUUAAAUUAGCUUUCAGCAUGGUUUAUAUGUAUAUUUUUACACUGAGAUGUCAAGACUGACCUAAAUUUCCCAUAACUAUCUUCUACCAACUGAAACUUUCCAGGUUAUUGAUAGGAGUGCAGUAGGAUGCCAAGGGCUAACUCCCUUCUACUGUUACUAUGUGUUAAAUUUAGGAAAGAACGUAUACACUCAGUUGGGCCCCUUUACAAGCCAGACCCUUCUACUCUAAAUUAUGGAAAUAAUAUUCAAAAAUAUUCCAAACAAAUUCAAUAAAAUAUAAUUACAAUAUAAAUGUUUUAAAAAUCAUUGAAAUAUAUGCUUUAGAGCCGUGAUGGCAAACCUAUGGCACAUGUGCCAGAGAUGGCACACAACACCAUUUCCCCCAGCACAUGGCAGGGGAAGAGGAGGAAGAGUCGUGCACCUGUUAUUCCUUCUUUCUGACCCUUCCCAGCCCCCAGCUGCCUCUUUGGAAGCAGCUGAAGGCUGGGAACAGCACUGAGAGAUGAGGAAGAAGAGGCACAUACCUGUUCCUCCUCCUUUCCGACCCUUCCUGGCCUCCAGUUGGUUCUUUGGAGGCAGCUGAAGACCGAGAACGGUGAAGGGAGAGGAGGAGGAAGAGGUGCAUGCCUGUUCCUCUUUUUCCUCCCAUGCUGCUAGGCCUUCUGCUAUCUCUGGAGAGGCAGCUGAAGGUCCGGGAGGGCAGGGGAAGAGGUCUUGACCCAGAAGCCCCAUCCCCAGGGAGCAGAAGUCCCACCCCCAGAGGGUGGGAGUCCCACCCUUGGCACCAGGUAACAUCUGGUGUUGGAAAACCUUUUAGUUUGGGCACUCGGCCUCUAAAAGUUUCUCCAUCAGUGCUUUAGAGUGACAAGAAACUCUGAUGCAAAGAAUCUUGAAUUGCUGAGUUGCUAUUUUGUUCUUCCAUCAUAUUUUGAUGAAAAAUUUGCCUUGCUAUGUUGAUUCCAGUGUCUACAUUUGCUGUAUUUAUUGUUCUGUCUAACCUAAAAGCUGUUGUUAUACCCUCAAACAAAUUCAGUGAAU